AUGUCACUCCCACCACUGACUGACAACCAGGCUUUCUGCAAUGUAUCCGCCCUUGAUGCUGGCAUAAUCGGCCUGCUGGACGAAAUGUUCAUUAUCAAUGCGAAGCCAGGAUAUGUCACCACCGCUCCUUCCCUCUCCUUUCUGCUCCAGCACUCUCAGAACGUCAAGAUGCUCGUAUUCGAUCUCGGAACACGCAAGGAAGUACUGGGUCAAGUACUCGCCAGGCGAGGUACCCCGUCCAAGUUGACCUCGAUGUCGUCGAUUCCCUGCAGAAGGGCGGUACCUCGCCCACAGAGAUUGACUAUGUCUGUGUCUCGCAUUGCCAUUGGGACCAUGUCGGCGACACCACCCUACCCAGAAGACCCAACCUCGCAUUUCACGUCCGACCUCUUCCCAUUGGUUGGUUGGUUGGUUGUGAAGUCACCGGUGUGGUCCCCAUCGAGAACUACCGGCCCGUAUGCAAGCAUACUGGAAGGCAAACCAGCUUCUUACCGCCUAGACACCCGCGCAGAAGUUAACAAACACGACGAGGCGAACGUGAAUCUCAACAUACCGUUUCGAACCUGGUCCUGGCCCCUGGGGGUCACAGAAUCUCUCUAG